CCCCAGGCAACUCGGCGUCACGAGAACCAGCACCCCGGAGACCCGGCGCCUUGCCCUCCCUCUGCGUCCCCUGGGCCCCGGCCAGGCCCAGCAAUCUCUCCCUUCCCGGUGCGCCGCGGCCCCGCCGGGCCUCCAGCGCGUGCUAACUAGGCCCCGCUGGGCGCCGGGGACUGCGCAGCCCACGUCGCCGGAGCCCGCAGCCCCGGGGGAGGGCAGCCGAAAAAUCUCUUGUUUACUGGGCCGGGGAAGUCCCAGCUUGGAUUCGCUUCCCCAUUUCUGCGGUUCCCUUUCUGCUGGUUACUCGGGCCGGAGGGGAAAGGGUGGCAACCGGCUGAUCCACCCCGCGGCAGGGAUUAGGGGUGGGGCGUGGAGAAAGCUAGGGAGAGCCGAACUCGUGGAAAAGUCCCCGGGCCGCGGGAGGGGCAGGUCUCGGAGUCACGGCCCACGCGUCCCGCCGCGCCGAGACCGCAGGGGCCGGGUUAAAUACUGUACCUCGGGGAACAGGAGCGUGAAGGCUAAUUAGGACAAGUCGGAACAAAAAACAGGGACACGGAAAGGGGAGCGCGCGCUCAGAGUUGGGCCGACUCUGGGGGAGGGUCGCAGGAAACCCAGGCGCUGGGCAGUCGGGCCCAGGGCGACAUUCGCCCACCGUCCUGAGUGAUUCUGAGCUCAGCCCAUCGCAUUAGGGGCGUGCACUGUGGUGUUCCCACGCAUACUUGGUGGCCUGGGUGCUGGGGAAGGACCACGCGUGCAAGAGCGGACACUCGGUGGGUGGUGUGUCCACGUGUGCAAGCUCGGCGAGGGGAGGGAGCGCAGCAGGCGUGACAAAGGCGGACUUUGUGUCUGAGAGUGCGCCUUGCUCCAGUCCAGAGCAGCGAACUGUGUCCGGUGGGUGUCUUACGGGAGAGCCAGGACGAAGGUGACAAAGGCUAGAUGUAUGCCACCGAGAGACGCACCAAGGCGGCCCCUGCGCGCGCGUGUACGCCCGCGCUCUAGAAAAUGCGAGGAGGGAGAGUCCGCCCGCAAGGUGCGCUGGGUUGCACCCCAAACUGCUUUCGGGAGAGAAAGCUGAGUGCAGAAAGUGAGUGCGCGUGAGUGUGCGCGCGCCCGCACGCGGGGGCGUGGCGGUAAACAGCAACAACUCACUUGCCAGCUCCGCCAGAAACUCCGAUCUCCCUCCCCGGCCGGAAAGUGCGACUCGCCGGAGCCUGGAGGUAGCAUCCGCAGACCGGCUGAAUCUGGACUCCUGGAGGUCAAAUUCUUCUGAGCUUCCUUCACUAAGUCUGCUGCUGGCUUCCAGGGGUGGCUGUCCUAGGCAGUGGACAAGAGCCAGGUCCCACUGGCCUAAUUUCUCCAGCCGACCUGGUAUAUUCUUGCCCUUCCAUUUUCCAGGGAUCAGAGAAGCGAGACAUAUUAGGGGACCCAGUGGGAGCCUGGCCUGGGAGCCAGGAUGGCCAUCCACAAAGCCUUGCUGACAUGCUUGGGACUGCCUCUCCUCCUGUUCCCAGGGGCCCAGGCCCAGAACCAUGCCCCACCUGGCUGCAGCCCGGACCUCAACCCCCUCUACUACAACCUAUGUGACCGCUCUGGGGCUUGGGGCAUCGUUCUGGAAGCAGUGGCUGGGGCGGGCGUCGUCACGACCUUUGUCCUCACCAUCAUCCUCGUGGCCAGCCUCCCCUUUGUGCAGGACACCAAGAAGCGGAGCCUUCUGGGGACCCAGGUGUUCUUCCUGCUGGGAACCCUGGGUCUCUUCUGCCUCGUGUUUGCCUGCGUGGUGAAGCCUGAUUUCUCCACCUGUGCCUCUCGGCGCUUCCUCUUUGGGGUCCUAUUCGCCAUCUGCUUCUCCUGCCUGGUGGCCCACGUCUUUGCCCUCAACUUCCUGGCCCGGAAGAACCAUGGGCCCCGGGGCUGGGUCAUCUUCCUCGUGGCCCUGCUGCUGACCCUAGUGGAGGUGAUCAUCAACACGGAGUGGCUGAUCAUUACCCUGGUCCGGGGAGGAGGCGAGGACGGCCCGCUGGGCAACGGCAGUGCCGGCAGGGCCGUGGCGUCCCCGUGCGCCAUUGCCAACAUGGACUUUGUCAUGGCGCUCAUCUAUGUCAUGCUGCUGCUGCUGGGAGCCUUCACGGGGGCCUGGCCCACCCUGUGUGGCCGCUUCAAGCGCUGGCGUAAGCACGGGGUCUUCGUGCUGCUCACCACAGCCAUGUCCAUCGCCAUCUGGGUGGUGUGGAUUGUCAUGUACACCUACGGCAACCAGCAGCACAACAGUCCCACCUGGGACGACCCCACGCUGGCCAUUGCCCUCGCUGCCAAUGCUUGGGCCUUUGUGCUCUUCUACGUCAUCCCCGAGGUAUCCCAGGUGACCAAGGCCAGCCCGGAGCAAAGCUACCAAGGGGACCUAUACCCCACCCGGGGCGUGGGCUACGACACCAUCCUGAAAGAGCAGAAGGGCCAGAGUAUGUUUGUGGAGAACAAGGCAUUUUCCAUGGACGAACCAGCCUCAGCCAAGAGACCGGUAUCACCAUACAGUGGGUACAACGGGCAGCUGCUGACCAGUGUGUACCAGCCCACUGAGAUGGCCCUGAUGCACAAAGGCCCGUCUGAAGGAGCUUAUGACGUCAUCCUCCCACGGGCCACCGCCAACAGCCAGGUGAUGGGCAGUGCCAACUCAACCCUGCGGGCUGAAGACAUGUAUGCGGCCCAGAGCCACCAUGCGGCCACACCGCCAAAAGAUGACAAGAACUCUCAGGCUCAAUCCCCACAAAAUAAAACGAGAUGGUAGACGCCCUGUUCCCUGGACUACACAUCGUCCUGAUGUCCUCAUUCCUGUGUCCAGGCUGGGCAGGGCCCAGCACCUUUCCUGCCCUUGUCAUUGGAGCUGGGAGGGCCCGGAGGCCACCAACUUGGAGCAGUGGACUGAGGGGGGAUGGUCCUGUGAAACCCCGAGGCAGAUGGCUGGGGCUGUAGGACCACCCCCCUUCCUGUCCUGCCCAGCCUCUCCUGGUCCCCAAGUGACUGAGGCCACAGGGAGCUGUCUGCAUACCAGUCUGCCUCCAGCCCCCUGGUGACACCCUCCUCCCACAUCACAGUCCGGUGUCCUCAUGCUGUGGCUUCCCAGAUGGCCAUCCACAGAUGCUCUUGUCUUCACCCCGCGGGCCUUGCUGGCCGUCUUUUGGUGUCCAGCCCCUCUCUGCGCCUUGGUGCAUCCAGGUGAAUCUCCUCUACGAGUCUUUGGAGCCACACCGUGGCAGAAUUUGGUCCUGGGCCUUCUGCCACCACUUGGACUGUGGAAGGCCACUGAGCUGGGGCAGAGCUCAGGGGAGGCCUGGACAGACACCACUCCACUUCAUGGCCUGUGGGUCUGGGAUCUGAGCCCCUGUGGUGCUUCACUCUGUGCCCCGUGGCCACCGCCACCAUGCCUUCCCCACCUUCGAUGAACUGGGUCCCAUGAAGACACAAGAUGGGGGUUGGGCUGCAUUCUCAGGGACCAGCUGAGUAUCUAGGACCACGAGCCCUGGAGUCUAGGCCUCUUCCAGGACAGACCUGUGGGGUGUAGGACUGAACAUUGUACCUUUUCUGGAUGGGCAGAAAUACAGGUUUCUACCUCACCUUGGGCACCUCUCCAUGCUGGCACUGCUCCCCUUGCCGAGGAUGUGCUCCGGAGGGUCCUGACGGCCACCAGGGAAGUAAGGGAGGGACAUCUGUGGGACCUGCUUGUUGCUGGCACCAAGGACAGAUGUGCACAGCUCCAGACUCGGGAAUCUCUCUAGAUUGGUCUCCCUGGCUUUUUCCUGUCCUCUGGUACCAGGCAGAGCAGGCUCGUCUUGGGGGGGGGGGCUCCUAGGUGUGCCCCUGGUGCUCAGGUCUCAGCCCAGCAUCACUGUCACCUCUAGGUGCCAAGAUGAGGGCGAGGACAAGAGAAGUGGAGGUGAGCUGGCUUGUGCCCAACCGCACCCUGUAGUCAGUCCCAGCUCCAGUGCCACCCUCCUGCCCCCAGCAGCCUGUGCCUUAGUCACUGGAGUAUUUCUCCAGAGCUAGAUGGGUGAACAGGUCCUGUAGAUAGGAGUAGGGCUACACAUCCACGUAAGACAAUCCCCCCGUUGUACAGGGCUGCUCGGUUCCAAGAAUGGAGUAUAACUUCCCUCUGAUGGAAGGGAAGGGGAAGCUCGGCGCACCUCAGGUGUCUCUUGAUCUAAACUAGUGGCCCCAAGAUCCCUUACGGUGAAUAAAGGCACUAUCUUGCUUUUUGAUAGUCUCACG